UUGGGAGAAGGAUUAACCGUGACACCGUGAUGGAGGAGGUUGCUGGGAGUUUGGAACCCCAGGCAGAGCCUGAGGUCGAGGAACCGGAAAAGGUCUAUGGGAAACCUAGGGAAGAGGAGCCUGCCGACAAAGUUUUCGUUGCCAAGAAGAAGUUUAGGUACCAAAUCCCGAUCUUAUCCUUACCUGAGAUCGACGACACCAUUAGCAAGUUACUAGGGACCAUGGUGUCAGUGUCUUUUCAUACUAUGCUGCAGGCUAGCCCUGGGUUGCUCAAAGGGCUUAGACAACUGUUGACCCGACGGCGAGUAGAAAUAGGCGACAACCCCGAACUACCUGAAGGGGAGAGGGAGGAGGAAGUUCCGCAAGAAGUGGGUAACCUGCAGAGGAGUCGCGGGGACUUGGAGGAUCUCGAGAAGACCUUUGCAGACAUUCGUUUGAGUUUGCCCGACCGAGAGGGCGGCGAAGUCAUGAGAUCGCCACCUGGGACGAAGCUUAGCUUUCAUGCGCUACCCAAGGGACGACUGGAUGCAAAGUUGAUCCCUCCGGUCAGAAUCCACACGGUAGAACAUGAUUGCUGGAAUGACAAGGGGCCAUCCUAUGAAUUUGGGAUAGCGGGAGAGGUAACAUACCUCCUCCGAGCGAAGAUGGACUCCUUCGUUGCGGAGCCUACGGCAUCGCCAUACGCAAAUCGGUGGUUCGUCUUUCGGAAGCCUAACAAGACACUAAGGUGGAUUCAGGACCUGCAGAAGUUGAAUGCGGUAACCAUCCGGGAUGCUGACUCGCUACCUCAGGCUGACUUACUAGCAGAAUCGCACGCUGGUCGGAGCAUUUACUCCUUGAUAGAUUUGUACUCAGGGUACGACCAGCUUCCAUUGGAUGUUCGAGACAGGCCAUUCACCGCUAUGCACACCCCCGUAGGCCAGCUACAGAUGCAGGUGACACCUAUGGGAUUCCCAAACGCGGUGGCCGAAGCACAACGCAGAAUGCUCAUUGUGGCCGGGGACAUGUUCCCAGAAAAAUAUGAACCUUACAUCAAUGACAAUCCGAUCAAAGGCGCGCAGGAAAAGGACGAGACGGAAGUCCAGCCAGGGAUCCGACGUCUUAUGUGGGACCACCCGCAGGACAUCAAGGACUUACUCCGCCGGUUCCUAGCAUACAACAUUACGGCUAGUGGACCAAAGAGUAUCCUAGCAGUACCGGAUGUGACUAUACUAGGAUUUCGUUGCAGUGCUUAUAGCAGGAAGCCGAAUCCGGCAAAGACCGACAAGAUAUCACAGUGGCCGACGCCACUACGCACGACGAUGGAGGUAGGGGCAUUCCUAGGCGUGGUCGGCUUUUGGAGGAUCUUCAUUAAAAACUUUGCCAAUAUCGCUGAGCCUAUCCGGGCUAUGAUCAUAGAAGAAGGAACCAUGGAUUGGACGGAGGAGCGGGAAGGAGUUGUCCAAAGACUCAAGGACAUAUUGACAUCUGAGACAGUCACUCUGUCCACACCUUGUUUUAAUGACGAAGUGGGACGACCCUUCAUCCUAGAGACGGAUGGAGGACCUUUGGCCGUAGGAGGUGUGUUGAUCCAAAGGGAUGAGGGAGGAAAAGAGAGGCCGAUUAGGUUCGAAAGUAGAACCCUGAACUCCGCAGAACGGCGGUACUCGCAAUUCAAGAAGGAAGUCCUAGCCAUCCUGCAUUGCCUUAAGACGUUCCAGGCCUACCUAUUUGGGAGGCGGUUCAUCUUAAGGAUCGAUCUGACGAAUGCCGCAGGGGCCCUAAAGAAUUACAGGCCUAUAGAUUCGACGGUAGGGAGAUGGGUAGGAUUCAUCUGGCAGUUCGAUUACAAGAUCGAACGGAUUGCUGAAAUCCUCAACAAGGCAGAUGGGCUGAGUCGGGUUUGCAUCACCCCCGAAGGGAUGGAGGAUGCAGAGCCCAUAGACGCCUUCCUCGAAUACGAAGGAGGAACUCUUGCGGUGGAUAACGAAAUGAUGAGCAAGGGAUGCACAUCGGGAGAACUAUUGAUCCAGACUUUGCAGAAGGGGGCACCUGCCGUAGUAGCUGAACUUAGGGAAGGUCCAGUUACCACUCGAGGACGCAGAGAAGAAGAAAAAUCAUGGGGGGCGAUAGUAGGACCGAAGGAGGAGCUGAUAGCAAUGGCGGUCGAAGGGGGCCGGGAAGCAGUGAUGAGCUUAGUGGAAUCUUGGGAAAGGAAAGAGUUGCAAUGGGUGGUAAAUCAGAUGCAGGAAGGAAAGGAUGAGGGCAAGGAAGGAGAGGAGUUUUUCUAUGUCCAAUGAUAGGAAGGGCUCUUUCGGGAAAUCGGCUUGUUGUUGGUAGGAAACAAACAACCUGCGGAAGU